CACCUCUGUGGUGAAGAAGCAAGCUUCCCUGUCACUAUUGACCCCCCCUCUAUCCACCUUCAAUGUCAAAUCUCGGUCUCCAAAGUGGAGAGAAUUACCAAGGCUUUUGUAUACAAUCAAGACCAAGGAACAGCAGCACUAUUCCUGUACACAGAGCUUGACUUUUUCCCUUUUCUACAAUCAAAGCUCUCUUCUUCAAGGUUAUAUCCUCUUUGUCUUUUUUCUUUUUUGGAAAACAUUGGGUCAAGAGGACAGUAGGAAGCAGGCCCUGAGGAUUUUUACAUUUUCUCCUCCGCUGUGUGAUUUUAUUCUCUCCUGUGCUUGGUGCUUGUUGGAGGGGGCCUAAAUGAGGUGGUUUGGCUCAGGAAGCUUGGGGAGAGCAGGAACUCUCCUUGCUCUGCUGCUUCCCCUCUGGGAGCUGGGCUGCUGGGGGUUGAUCUCCGCCUCUGGGGGCCAGAACCAGGCACAGCACACUAUUGUAGGGCCCUGGGAGAUGCUUCGCAGGCACAAACGCAGCUGGGUAUGGAACCAGUUCUUUGUCCUGGAGGAAUACACAGGCGAAGAACCUCUGUAUGUUGGCAAGCUCCACUCAGAUGUGGACAAAGGGGAUGGCAAGGUGAAAUACGUGCUCUCAGGAGAGGGCUCCACCUCCAUCUUCACCAUCGACGAGAACACGGGAGACAUCCAUGCCACCAAGCGUCUGGACCGGGAGGAGCAGGCCUAUUACACGCUUCAGGCCCAGGCCGUGGACCGGAUCACCAACAUGCCUGUAGAGCCCAGGUCAGAGUUCCUGGUCAAGGUCCAGGACAUCAAUGACAAUGAGCCCAAGUUCAUGGACGGGCACUACAUGGCCGGGGUACCGGAGAUGUCAGCAUUGGGAACAAUGGUGGUCCAAGUGGCAGCCACAGACGCAGAUGAUCCCACAUAUGGGAACAGUGCCAGGGUGGUCUACAGCAUCAUCAGCGGACAACCCUACUUCUCAGUGGAACCAAAAACAGGCAUCAUCCGGACAGCGCUGCCCAACAUGGACCGAGAGGUGAAAGACCAAUACGUUUUGGUCAUCCAGGCCAAAGACAUGGUGGGCCAGAUGGGCGGCCUUUCAGGCACCACCUCUGUCACGAUCACUCUCACCGACGUCAAUGACAACCCGCCACACUUCUCUCGUAAGAACUAUCAGUACACUGUGCUGGAGUCCUUGCCUGUGGCAUCCGUGGUGGCCAGGGUCAAGGCUGUGGAUGCAGACAUAGGCCCCAACGCAGAGAUGGAGUAUAGGAUCAUGGAGGACGGACCUGGAUUGUUCAACAUCACUACAGAUGAGGACACGCAAGAGGGCGUCAUCAUCCUUCAAAAGCCGUUAGACUUUGAGACCAAGAACAGCUUUAAUGUGCGAAUCGAAGCCACCAAUCGGAACAUCGACCCUGCGUUCGUGCACCUGGGUUCGUUCAGCGACACAACGUCGGUGAAGGUGACAGUGGAGGACGUGAAUGAGUCGCCUGUGUUCUCAACGCAGCUCAGCAGGAUGGUGGUCUCUGAGGACGCCAGAGUUGGCACCUCCAUCGGGAGGGUCUCUGCGCACGAUCCGGACUCCUCCAACAGUGCCAUCAGGUACUCCAUAGAUAGAAACACAGACCUGGAGCUUUUCUUCAUUGUGGAUGCUCUGAGUGGGGUCAUCAGUACUGCCAAGCCCCUGGACCGAGAGGUCAACUCUGUCCACAACCUCACCAUACUCGCCAUGGAGAGCCGUAAGAGCACGCACACACAACUUUCCACAUCAGGCCUCAAAAUAAAAUUGCUGGACAUCAAUGACAACGCUCCGGUGUUUGCCAUCGAGUAUGAGACCCUCCUAUGUGAGAAUGCAGCUCCUGGACAGGUCAUCCAGACCAUCAGCGCCGUGGACAAGGAUGAGCCUCCCAGUGGUCAUCGCUUCUACUUUGCCCUACCUGCGUCUGUGGCUAGCAACACCAACUUCACUCUCCGAGACAACAAAGACAACACGGCAUCUAUCGUAACGAAACAUGGAGGGUUUCGUAGACAGGAGCAGAUGCUGUACCGACUGCCCGUGUUGAUUGUCGACAGUGGAAGCCCCGCCCUCAGUAGCACCAACACCUUAUCAGUGAACGUGUGUGACUGUGACUCGGACGGUGUGGCCCAAUCGUGUGGAGCCAUGCCAUACACACUUCCUGCCGGCCUCAGUACAGGGGCCCUGGUCACCAUUCUGGGAUGCAUCAUUACACUGCUGGUGAUGGUGCUGCUGAUCGUGUCGAUGCGUCGGAGGAAGAAGGAACCGUUGAUUCUGGAGGAGGCGAGGGACGUGAGGGAGAACAUCGUCCGCUAUGACGACGAGGGUGGAGGAGAGGAAGACACGGAGGCCUUCGACAUGGUAGCCCUCCGCAACCUCAACGUCAUCAGAGACCCCAAGGUCCGGCGAGACGUCACCCCUGACACCCACACCUUCUUCCCCUACCCAAUGUCCUCCUCCUCGCAGCCUGUCUAUAAAACCCUGCCAGACAAUGUUGUUUUCCGAGAGUUCAUCUGGGACCGGCUGAAAGAUGCAGAUGUUGAGCCGUCAGCUCCGCCGUAUGACUCUUUGCAGACGUACGCCUUUGAGGGGAGUGGCUCGGUAGCUGAAUCGUUAAGCUCCUUGGAGUCGCUAAGUACAGACUCGGAGCAGAACUAUGACUAUCUCAGCACCUGGGGGCCACGUUUCAAGAAGCUAGCAGACCUGUAUGGCAACAGCGACGGCAAGAGCAACGGCAACAGCGUGUUGUCAUAGCCAAAGCAUUCCUGAACUUAGACAACAAAUGUGUUGUGAUAAAAAAAAGAAAAUGAACAACUAAACUACCAAAGGGCAGAAAAGGGGGUGAGAGUCUGUGAAAACAAAGUCAGAUUGGAAAAAUACAAAUUACUUCAAAGGUUGGGUUUGUUUAUCUGCCUUGGAUUUUGGAUUUCAAAAAGGGUGACUUGGCAUGUUUUGACAAGUCAUUUCAAAAGUGAGUUGAUGGAAGAGGAAACCUUGUGAGCAAAAACAUUAAAAGGUUUCAAAGUUGGGCUGAGGUCCAGCGUACAUGGUAGGCUACAGUAUAUUUAUCUGGAGAAACCUGUUCUCUCAUUCCUGACAUGGGCACAGACCCAGCAGUCUUGCUUUGAUGAAUUCUCUUGCUCUUUUCGUAAGAAAACAAAAACACUUUUUUUUCCUGAAGUGCCCAGUCUCCGUUGGCUAAUCGGUAGAGUAGUCACUCAACUGUUCAUUUGAAAGUCAUGAAGAGUGUCAACGUUUUGUUUUCGUUCUGUGUUUUUCACAGAGAUUAUGAAGAAAACGUAUUAAGUCAGACUCACAAAGAAAAACCAAACAUCAAAUCAAAUUUUAUUGGUCACAUACACAUAUUUAACAGAUGCGGGUGUAGCGAAAUGCUUUUGUUCCUAGCUCCAACAGUGCAGUAAUAUCUAACAA